UUGAAAUUGUACAUUUAGUAAUUAAAAAGUAUUCAUAGUAGUUUUAUUUUAAAGCUCCAACCUUUGGUACUCCUGCCACAAGUGUAUCUGCAAGUAGUAUUUUUGGAACUCCAACUACACUUCAGUUAACAACUAAUCAGACAGUCUUUGGAUUUGGAUCACCUCAAACAACUCAGUCAUCUGAAGCCAAACAAAAAUCUGUAUCAUUUGACCUUUCAGCAUCUUCCCAAUCUACAUUAGCUCAAGGAAGUGGUUUUAUUGCCAUAUCAACCCCAAAUACUGAUACUCAGAGUCAGCCAAAAAUUACAGGCUUUGCUCCAAUGACCACAACUUCUACUACAGGAUUCUUCUCUGUGCCAUCAUCUUCAACAGCUGCAUCAACUACAGGAUUUACAUUUGGGGUUGCUCCAGCAACAGCAGUAACAACAACAAUUAUGACAGCAACAGUAUUACCAUCUUUGCAACAGCAGCAGCAACAGCAAAAGAGUACAGAGUCAGUUGUUGCUGCAAGUAGUGCUGCCGCAACAACAAAUACUGUUUCUUUAGGUAGCUCUGCUUUUAAUAUGGGUGGAGCAUCCAUGUUUAGCAUGCCAGCAUCAAGUGCAACAACAGCAACAGCAUCAGCAUCAGCAUCACCAUUUUCAAUUACACCUAUGACAUCUGCAACACAGUUUGCAAUUACAACAGUGUCUUCAUUUCCAACAACACUGUCAUUUUCAACAGUAACUGCAACUGCAACCACAACCACAACCUCAACUCCAUCAUUAUUUUCUUCUGUAAUAGUUUCAGCUCCUCCUGCUUCUUUAUCAUUAACUACUACUACUACUUUACCUCUAACAACACCCGUAUCUUCAAUGACAUUUGUAACAUCAACAGCUACAGUUCCUACAGCAGCAACAAUGCCGUCUACAAUGUUUUCUAUACCUACUAUUACUAGUACAGCAACUACCACCACCACUGCAUCACUUAGUUUGUUUCCUGCUGUAUCAAAAAUAUCACGUAUUACAUCAACACCUGGAUUGACUUUUAGUGGGAUAACCUCUACUUCAGCAGCUAUUCCUCAAACAACUGUUGCUUCAUUGACAACUGCAACAACAGUUACUUCAUCUACAGUCACACAAACUCCAGUAAUGAAUUUUAGACAAUUAGAAGAAGCAAUUAACAAAUGGAACCUAGAAUUGGAAGAACAAGAACGUAUAUUUUUAAAUCAAGCAACAGAAGUCAAUGCUUGGGAUUGUCUCCUUAUUUCAAAUGGAGAAAAGAUUACAUCAUUAUAUGAAGCUGUUGAAUAUGUUAAAGUAAAUCAACAAAGAUUAGAUCAUGAAUUAGAUUUCAUAGUGGCACAACAGAGAGAAUUAGAAGAGAUCUUAACACCUUUAGAGAAGAGUGUAGAAGGAUUGCCAAAUCUUUCAGUGCAGCAACAUGCUGAUUUAGAAAGGGAACACACGUAUCACUUGGCAGAAAGCAUUGACACGCAAUUGAAACGAAUGGCUGAAGAUAUCAAAGAAAUUAUUGAACAUAUUAAUUCAAGAAAUAAUAACAAAGAUGAAAAUGAUCCAAUUCACCAGAUUGCAAAAAUUUUAAAUAGCCACAUGGAUGCUUUGCAAUGGAUUGAACAGAAUACAGUUGUCGUCCAAAGAAAAUUGGAAGAUGUUUCAAAAAUGAUUGAGGUUAAAAAAAGUGACAAAGAUAAAAGCAUCAUAGCUGGUUAUAGAAAAUAAUUGAAGUGAUUUUUUUGUUGUUGAAAGAGUAAUACUUAUAUUAAUAAAGAAUUGUUAGCUGCCAA